AUGGUGACCGUUUCAAUCCGGAUCGUUCGGUUACGUGAACGGCGUAUGUUGAGUUGGUGCAGUUUGUUGCUGUUGGUGCAGCUGUUGCAGCUGGCGUACGGUACCGAGGAGCGCCCGGUCGGGGAACGGUUGUCGCCAUUUCCGGGCUCGGGUGGUUGGCAAACUUACGCAACGCCUAACACGCAAUUGCCUCCAUCGGUACGGGAUUUAAGCGCAGCAGAUCAUAAUGUUGCAUCUCGCCACAUUGCGCACGGUAACGAGCGUGUAAACCGGCGGGAGUCCAUUGCCACCACGGUCGAUCGGUUGGAUCCGUCCCAAGCCGAUCUGGUGCUGCCAAACUACGAAACGUCCUCGGCGCGUACCGGAGGAUUACCGCCAGUGUACAAAUACACCGACAAUGUGUUCCGAGUGCCGAAACGGAAGGCGAAAACCUCAGCCCACCCGGAAACGGGCACGCUGCCGAGAAAGUCACACGCGAACCGGUCGCUGGGAACCGGUCGGACGGUGAUGCACCAGGGCGACGAUGCAGCGUGGUCAUCGUCCACGGCAUCGGUGGCGUAUGCGCCCGGUAAUGCAGCGGCCCUGGUCGAACACCGUGCCGAACUGGGGCUGUCCGAGGAAACCUUGUUCCAGCUGUUCACCAGCCUCUUCGAUCAUGGUAACUGGAAUAUCCUCGAGCUGAAGGGCCGGGUUGGUGAACAGUGUGCGGCCCAUAUUGGUCUGUACUUGCGCGAUCUGCGCCGACAGCGUGGCUGGGCGUUGAAGGCAAGCGAUUCGAGUGGCCGAUACGGUGGACAGUACUUUUUCGGCAACGAGUUCUGGAUGGGGUCGUUGACGUUCUGCGACGAAGUUAACCGCGUUCUCCGGCUUACCCCAAUGCCGCCCGGUGCACGCCAUCUUGAGAUGCGAUUUUUUGUCGCCAAAAUAUCCGUCCAACUUGAACGAUUGCUUUCGACGCAGUCCAGCUCGAUCCUGCUGGGACAAUGUUUGCCCAAGAGCUGCACGGUAGAGGACAUCACCGAGCUGCUGCGUAGUGAUCCGAUGCUAAACCUGCUAAACAAUAGCACGUUGAAUGUGGUAGUGGCGUCUACACCGUUGCCGAACGGAAGUCCUGCGAAUGCUGCCUUAACCAUCCUGCACGUGCGGCCCGUCCCCGGCAGCUACAAUCUGUGGAGCGAUCCGAAAGUGUUUGCACUGCUCACGGUCCUGGCGGUGCUGAGCGCGGUCAUAGCGUACGCGUCCUGCGGCACCGGCACGGACGGUAAACCGAAGGCUAGAGGAUGGCCGAAGAAGGUGCACGACUCGUCCGUGCCGGGUGGUGAUGGGCAUCAUAUGAAGCGGGAGCGUGGUGUUGCAGACGGCGGUCGGAUGGGUGAUGCGUUCGAGAUGCACAAAAUCAACGUGGAAAGUAAUAACAAUGUGUCGGGUGGUAAUGGGCAGCAGGCACCGGCAACGGACGGGAUGUACAAGGACCGCAAGGCAACACGCUUUACACUGCACGACAUCCUGUCCUGCUUCGAUGUGGGACCGAAUGCGGCCUCGAUCCUGUCGGUGGAACGUGCCGGCGAGGAUUCACUGACGUGUGUACAUGGAUUGCGGCUCUACUCCCUGCUCUGGACCGUGCUCGUGCAUACGUAUCUGCAGUUGUUUGCAGUUUCCGAAAAUCGGUAUGGACGGAAGAUUGCGGAACGUUCGUUCCUGUAUCAGCUCGUCGGCAACGCAUCCUUCUCGGUCGAUACGUUCUUUUUCAUCAGCGGCCUAUUGAUCGUGUACCUAUAUUUAAAAUCGGUGACCAAAUCGGGCCAACCGGCCUCCAAAACAGUGCGACCGGAGGAAUCGAAUGGUUCCGCUGCUGGCGGGAACCGGGACGGUCCGACCAGCCGGAAUACAUCGCUCGCGGGAUCAUUGCGUAAAGUUGGCCUUUCGAUCUUAUACCGUUACCUGCGGCUAACUCCGGUCUACUGGUUCACGAUAGUGACGAACGAAAUCAUCCUAAAAUGGACGUACGAUCGAUCCGUAUUCACACCGGGCAUCAUCGAUCACAUUACCUGCGAUCGGUUCUGGUGGCGCAACAUUCUCUACGUCAACAACUGGUUCCCGUUUACCGAGAUGUGUAUGAUCUGGUCCUGGUAUCUGGCGAACGAUAUGCAGUUCUACGUGAUUGCGAUCGUGCUGCUCAUGAUUUCCUCCAGAAAUUUCCGUCUCGCUGCGGGUUUGCUGUUCCUGUGCCUGGGCGGUUCGUGGCUGCUGUCGAUCUACUUCUCGCUGCACUAUCGCUACACGCACAAGGUGGCCGAUCCGUUCGAAUCGUUCGACAUUCUCUAUGACAAACCAUGGCAGCGCAUCGGACCGUACAUUGUCGGUAUGAUCACGGGGUACAUUCUACAUCGCCGUCCAAAUGCGCCCAGGAUUGUACCACCGCUAAGGCUUCUGCUGUGGACCAUUUCAACGGGAAUAUUGAUUGCGCUUAUCUUUGGCGUUUGGAACGGAGAACUGAGCGUACACUGGACGGCUUGCUAUGUCAGCGUGGGACAUACGGCCUGGGGAUUGGCACUGAUGUGGAUAACGCUGUCCUGCUGCUGGGGCUACUCGAACUUUGUCAACGGGCUGCUCUCCUAUCGGGGUUUCUUCCCGCUGAGCCGGCUCGCCUACUGCACCUACCUGAUCCAUCCGGUCGUCAUGAUGGCUACCUCGUUCCAGCUCGAAGCACCGAUGCACCUGCAGCACGUCAUCAUCAUCACGGCCUUCUUCGGUAAUGCGGUCAUCUCGUUCCUGAUCGCGUUCGGAAUGUCACUAAUGUUCGAAGCGCCAGUCAUUAAGCUGUUGAAGCUGUUCUUCCAGAAAACAUAG